AUGGAAAAUAGUAAAGAUCAAUUUGGUGAUAUUCAACAAUCGAAAUUACAUUAAAAAUCCUCCACUCCAAACAAAUCAUAUAGUGUACCAAGGAAAUAUGAUAAACUCAUUCAUAAAACUACUCAGAUUCCCAGAAUAUCGAUUCAGCGAUUGAUUGAGAAAAUGGAUUAAGACAAUGACGGAUGGAUAAAAAAGGACGACAUAUUAGUUUUUAGCAAAAAGCAUUAUUUAUUUUUUGAAGAUGAAGUAAUUUUCUUUUUAUUUUAAGUUAGCCCAAGCCAUGAUUGAUGAAGCAAUUAGCAAAAGAAUAGUAGCUUUUAAGGAUUAGCUAAAAGAACCUAUUAAUAUUGAUGAAGUCUUAGGAGCUGGUAUUGUAAUUUGAAUAUCAAAUAGUUUAACUUCAUUAUGUUUUAAAUUAGGAUCAUAUUUGGGUUGAAAAGUCCAGACCUUAUAGAGAUCAUUGGAUUUAAUUGUUAUUGGCUGCAGGUGAGAAAUUACCUUCAAAUCAUGAUUUACCCCCUGUUAAAAUUAGUAAAGUUCUUGACAUGCACGAAAUGGAACCCUUUCCUUUCAAACCUAAGUUGAAUUCCUCAUAGUCACAAAUUAUUCAUACAUCAGAAUUACAAGAACCCAGAUAAUUUCCAGAACAAUAACCAGAAGCUGGAAUACUUCUUUAAGAGACAAUUAUGAUCAAACCAAUUAAUAAUGGAAUCACAAAAGAGCAGGGUACUGAUAAUCCUUUUGAAAAAGUAGUUAAUUCUAAAUUGUAUUAUCAUUUAAUAAUUGUGUAGCAAUAAUAAUGAUUAAUAAUAGUCGUAUCCCACUCUUAGAUUCGAAACAUAGGCUUAUUAUAAUGAAGCAGAACGCUUAAGUAAGGAACCCAAACUAUGCAAAUCUAGUAGAAAUCCUAUAUUUAAAUUUAUGCCUGAGAACCUAAAUUAUAAAGUAGACAAAAUGAAUUCGCAAAAAUAGAGUCAAGAUUAAAAUUAAACUUAAUAAUUAGGUUAAACAGCUACCAAAUAUCUCUCUUAACCAGUACUAAUGAGGAAACCAUAUCAUGGAUUAUCUGACACAGGCUUUUAGACAUCUGAUUCAAAAUAUUUUCAACCAAAUCAAAAUAAAAAAUAACUCCACGAAGAUCAAAACGCAGAUAAACAUAUUUUUUAUGCUACCUUUAAACCCGAAGAUGUUCAAACAUUAAAAAAUAAAUUGGCUAAUCUAAAAUAGAGAGAAAAAGAGAAAUUGUAAGAUUUCUAUAAUCCUCCCUCAACUCAUAAAUUUAGAGAUGAUGUACUCGAUAAGAAGAAACCUCUAUUCAAAGUAAUUUAAUUCAUAAAUAAAGACAAGAAUUAAACCUGAUCCAUUAACUAAUCCUCAUAUGAUGUCCGAGCAUGAUUAAAGACCGCAAUUUGCUAUAGAGGAGGAUGAGAAGAAAUAAAUGAGAGAAGAACAGAAGCAAUAAGAUUAUAUCGAUGAUUGUAUGGGUACUCAUAAAUAAACAAAAUAAUGGAUUAAAUACUUUCCAACCGCAGAUUUAAAUCACAAUUUUGUUGAUCACAAAAGACCUAACUUUAUAGAUAAGGGGAACUAUCAGGAACCAGGAUUGAUUCUAUUUCAAUUUCUAAGAGAAGGGGCCAGUGCUAAAGUAUUCUUGUUUAAAUAUGAUUAGGAUGACUUUCAAUUGUUUCAUAGAUAACUAAGAACUAAUGACAAGCAUUUAUACUUGGGAAUCUAAAUGGAUCCAAAUUAAUAAUGA